AGUGGAGCAUAACUCGGUGGAAUGGCCGUCACUCGAAACUUUCCUCAUUAGUCAGUCCGUGUUUCUCCACACAGACACGCAUAGAUACAAUAAUCACAAUUAUCAUCAUUCAUCCUUAACCACUUUUUGAAGCGUUUUGAUAGUUUCGUUUCUUUUCUGUUCUUCUUUUCUUCACUUCCUUUCAUACACAUCAUGUCUGCUCAACCCUCUGCCGCCACGCCCUUCAAGUCGACUGUUCCCGGUGUUGCCGUUAUCGGUGCUGUCACCCCCAAGCAAGCAGAGAUCCUCACUCCUGAGGCUUUGCAGUUCAUCGCUACCUUGCAGCGCAUCUUUAACCCCACCCGCAAGGCCCUUUUGCAGAAGCGUGUCUACCGCCAGGAAGCUCUUGAUCGUGGUGUCUUGCCCGACUUCUUGCCCGAGACCGCCUACAUCCGUAACGACCCCAACUGGCGCGCUGCUGCUCCUGCUCCUGGUCUCCAGGAUCGUCGUGUCGAAAUCACCGGUCCCGUUGACCGCAAGAUGGUCAUCAAUGCCUUGAACUCGGGCGCAAAGACCUUCAUGGCCGAUUUCGAAGAUUCGUCUGCUCCUACUUGGGAGAACAUGGUUGACGGUCAAGUUAACAUGCGUGAUGCUAUCCGUGAGACUAUCUCAUUCAGCAACCCUAACGGCAAGCAAUACAAUUUGCGCAAGGACGGUAAGCUCGCUGUCCUCCUUGUCAGACCAAGAGGCUGGCAUAUGGUUGAGAAGCACGUCUUGGUUGAUGGUGAACCCACCUCCGCCUCCAUCUUUGAUUUUGCUCUCUACUUCUUCCACAACGCCAAGGAAUUGAUCAAGCGUGGCAAGGGCCCUUACUUCUACCUUCCCAAGAUGGAGUCUCACCUUGAAGCGAGACUCUGGAACGAUAUCUUCAACGUCGCCCAGGACAUGAUUCAGAUUCCUCGCGGUACCAUCCGUGGUACUGUCCUUAUUGAAACCAUCAUGGCUGCCUUUGAGAUGGACGAAAUCAUCUACGAGUUGCGCGACCACUCGGCUGGUUUGAACUGCGGCAGAUGGGAUUACAUCUUCAGCUUCAUCAAGCGUUUCCGUCAGCACCCCGAGUUUGUCCUUCCCGACCGUUCUCAAGUCACCAUGACCGUCCCUUUCAUGGAUGCAUAUGUCCGCUUGCUCAUCCAGACCUGCCACAAGCGUGGUGUCCACGCCAUGGGUGGUAUGGCUGCUCAAAUCCCCAUCAAGGACGAUGCUGCUGCUAACGACGCUGCUAUGGCCAAGGUCCGUGCUGACAAACUCCGCGAAGUCGUUGCUGGUCAUGAUGGCACCUGGGUGGCCCAUCCUCAGCUUAUUGAUAUCGCUAUGGGCAUUUUCAACGAAAACAUGCCAACACCCAACCAAAUUCAUAUCCGCCGCGACGACGUCCGCGUCUCCCGUAACGAUUUGUUGAACGUGAACUUUGAAGGCAAGAUCACCGAAGAAGGUAUUCGCAGCAACUUGCGCGUUGGUCUCGGUUAUAUGGAAGCAUGGCUUAAGGGUGUCGGAUGUGUGCCCAUCAACUACAUGAUGGAAGAUGCUGCCACGGCCGAAAUCUCCCGUUCCCAGCUUUACCAGUGGGCACGCCACAACUCCAAGACUGCCGAGGGUAAGACCGCCACUCCUCAGUACAUGCUCCAGCUUUUGGAUGAAGAGACCGAAAAGAUCAAGAAGCAGUUGGGUGCCAAGUACGCCUCCAGCAAGUACGAAGCUGCUAAGGCCGCCUUUGCUACCAACAUCACUGGCGAAAAGUAUGACGAAUUCUUGACCACUCUCCUCUACGACGAUAUCGUCACCACCAUCAACAGCGCCAAGUUGUAAAUUAGCCAUACCCAUUUGAAUCUCCUAUUGUUUAACUUUCUAUCUCACUAUCAAUUCUCCCACUUAUAUUGUUUCCUGAACUUCUCUCCCACCUUUUUUGCUGGCCAAGUAUACUCGCAAUAAAACGCUGUACAUAAAAGUUAUUUUUUUCUGAUUUGGAAUGACUGUACCACUGAAUGCGUACGCAAGAGCUGGAAUGUUAUCA